AUGAUGUCUUGGAUAGUUUCAUUCAGUGCAAUAGUUACUCUUUAUUCCUUUGCUUUAGGUAUCUUGUACCUCGUCCUGUCAUCGAUCUAUAACCUCUAUUUUCAUCCACUGUCUAGUUUCCCGGCACUCUCAAGGUUAACCAACACAAGGUCCGGUUUCUGGUCGUAUUCAGGAUCUCUGGGUGUCACGCAAAUGAUUCUUAAUAACCUUAGGAUCUCGGGUCAAUGGCCUUGGGAGAUAGAAGCGCUCCAUGAGAAAUAUGGCGAUUUUGUGCGGAUUGGUCCAAACGAGCUCUCAUGCGCUCAUCCACAAUCAACCAAGGACAUUUAUGGACAGCCAAACAUCAAUCACCCCCAAUUCUUUCGCAAAUUCGUCACUUUCUACAAACAAUCAGACGUCGGUGGAUCAAUUGGUACGGAGGUCGAUCCGCAUAUUCAUCAAGGCAUCAGAAAACGGCUAGCCCCUGGAUUCAGCGCUUCCGCUCUUCGUAACCAGGGAGAUAUUGUUAUACGACAUAUUGACUCUCUGUUGGAUCAAAUUUCGAAACAUGGUAAUACUCAGCAGGGCAUGAACAUGAGUCAAUGGUACAUGUGGCUUGCUUUUGACGUGAUUGCGGAUCUUUCAUUCGGCGAGGAGCUUGGCACAGUUGAGAGAGGAGAAGGAAAUGAAUGGAUGCACAUGCUUGCUAAUAGCGGGUUUCAAAUUGCCCUUGGCUACGUGGUACGUCGUCGAUGGAAAGCAUUUCAGAACCUCGUGAGGUACUGCUUAGUGAAUGAGAGGAGCAAAGUGAUGCGCAAUAAGUAUCUAGCCAACGCUCGUCAUGCGGCUGCUCAGCGGCUUCAGAAGGGAGGAAAUAUCGAGAGGUUCGACUUUUUCAGUCAUUUAUUACGCGAGAAAGCUCCAGAAGCUAACAUCGAUUUCUUCGCCUCUCAAGGCAGCACAUUGAUUGCUGCUGGGACUGAGACCACCUCCACUUUUAUGUCUGCGCUUACUUACCAUCUCUUGCAAAACCCUGACUAUCUCAAGCAACUCCAGGAGGAGGUACGCCAAGCAUUCCGACAGCAUAGCGAGAUUAACGGUGAAUCUACGAAGUCACUGAAGUACCUCAAUGCCGUAAUAGAGGAGGGAAUGCGUAUCUUUAAUCCCGCGCCCUUUGGCUUACCCAGGGUUAGCCCUGGAGCCAACGUUGCUGGGAAAUGGAUACCAAAAGGGGUAAUGAAUUUUGGCCCAAAUCUAACCACGGCAACUCAUGUUACCUCCCGUGAUGAGAGGUGGUUUUACAAUGCGAAAGAAUUCCAUCCUGAGAGAUGGCUCCCUGAGGAUCACCCACGCCACGAUGUCACGUUUGGGAACGAUUACAAGGAGGCAUCGAAGCCAUUUUCUAUCGGACCAAGGUCCUGCAUAGGUAUCCACCUGUCGUACAUGGAGAUUCGAAUCUGUAUCGCAAAACUGGCGUGGAGCUUUGAUUGGGAGCAAGUCCACGAACAAGAAGAUUUCGUUAGAGAUGCGCGGUUAUUGGGUCUUUGGAAAGCUUCUCCAUACCACGUCCGCUACCGCCCCUUUCAAGGGCUUAGAAUUUGA